UUGGGUAUUUAAUCUAACAUGCUUUCAGACAACCAAUGAAUGUUUACACGUGGGAGGAAACCGGAUCGCCCGUAGAAGACCCACACCUUUCGAUAAGGGGCAACACUACACCGUACAGAUGGAAACAGAUACCGAUUAGUCCACUUGCUACCCUGCUUUCUGGCGAGCCAGUGCAUGGCUCUACAACGCCCCAAGGGAAGAGAGUUUUGCAUUAUUUGUGCAAUCCACCAACCCUCGCCUCCACAGUGCUGGAUUACAGACGUGUGCCACCACCGCCAGUCUAUUGCCAACUCGUGUACGAGGGGGUCAUAGUACUGAGCAGACACUGCUGAGGUGUUGGUUUCGAUUCCAGGCAGCCGCUUGCAAUUAAACCGGCACCAGAACAAAUGGGGUUUUUGAGAUAAUUGGUAAGAAAAUAAUUCUAGAUGAAAUUAGAAAAUAAAAAAAAAACUGUGCUUGGGACUUAUCCAGUUUUGUCCAAAUCAACUGCCCUGACCGAUAUGGUGUGGAGGGCCUUUUAUUCCAGAAAUGGCUUGAUAAGUACUGUAUAGAAGUUCAUAGACCUCAUUCUUCACCACUCGUACCAACCUAAGUUCUGCCAGGGAAACAUGGUAAUCCGAACCGUGUGUGUGUGUCUGUGUGCAUUUGAGACUUGAGAAUUCUGAUGCUCUGCCCACCAGACCGCUCCAUAAUGUGUGUGUUUGGUUUUCAGAGCAUUAUACCUGACAAGAUAGAGACGGUGCAGCAGUCUGUGAUUUUCAUCAAGCGCCUCAUAGCCGUAGCCAUCUCCAACAUCACCUACCUGCGUGGCAUCUUACCAGAGAAAGCCUACACCACAUGCUACAUUGACGGUGCUGAAUGGGACAAGCCUCUUCAUUUACCAGGCAGUAGCUCAUUGAAGCAAGCCUACUUUACGAGGGACAUCUGGACAAAAGGCAAUAAAGUAACAGAGGUGUUUACGUGUAUCCGUGCAAUCUUAAUCCUCAUAUACUUUGGCUUCUCCCAUGGCGCAUAUUUUAUAUCCACUGCAGAUCUUACCCUGAAGAUCAUCUGUGGACAAACGUCCCUCCCUGGCGCCUGUCAGAUUGUGGAAUGGAUGAAAGGAUGUUAUGAUGCCCUUGAAAAGAAUUACCUGAGGAUGAUGGUUAUCGCUGUAUAUCUUGAUCCGCAAGACCCAAACACGAUCUUUGAGACCUACACCUUUAAGUUCGCAUACACAGAUCUUGGGCCAACAAUGAACAUUUGCAGUAGCAAGAACAACAUUACCUUCUCUAUUGAAGAAACCAAGCGUGCCACGAUAUUGCUCAUCCGCAAGUUGUUUGUGCUCAUGCAGCAUCUGGACGAAAUGCCUGAGGAUGUGUCGCUCACAAUGAAACUAUUUUAUUACGAUGAAGUGACCCCAGAAGACUACCAACCACCGGGUUUCAGAGCGAGUAGCACAGACCCCUUAAAUUUCCAGGGCGAUCCAGCGACUCUGCGCGUGGGGCACGUGGCCUCGACCUUCCACUCGAUGAAAUUGCGCAUCACCGUGGACCGCAGUCAGGUGGACAAUUAUAACGCGGAGAUGGAGACGGGAGAAACGGUGGUGGAAAGAAGGAGGUGGGAUAAUGCCUUGCUGCAGCAGUUCUGCAUGAAAGAGGGAUAUAGUGACACAAUACAGAUGGUCCCAGAGUUACAAACUCCAGAGCUACUGAAACUUACCAGCGGCAUAUCCUUUGACUGGACACAGGAGCAGGGUUCAAUGGAGGCAGGUCCUCGAAAUGCGGACCGUGAUAGAGAUGGUGUGAGCGAGGAAAAUCGCUAUGAGUGUGGUAUGAAGGACAACCCACUGCUUUCCAAAGCCGCUGCACUCUCUCUGGGCCAUGAAAGCAAGAGCCGCUCUGGACUCAGCCUCAGCAACCGAAAGAAGAGCCAGAAGACCAAUACCACGACGACUAAAAAGAAAAAUCCGACCCUGACGGUGCCAGAAAAAACAAUCCUGGAGGAGAUCGGGGAAAGCAGCCAGGGCGGUGUUCGGCGUAACCCGGCACGUGCGGCUAAGAAGAGAGAAUGCUUCCAGCUAGAGAGCGGCUACACCUUUAACGUAGCAUGCAGCCAGGAUGAAGAGCCUCGCAGCAAGCUCAGCAGGAACAGCGAGCCCGACAAACGGUUCAGGCGUAGCCGCUUCGUCUAAAGGCAGCGCGCCUCACAAGUGCCUGGACCUGGGGCGGCCCUUUUAUAAAUGUUUAUACCUCUUUUCCACUUGCACACGUUGAGCUGUGGUGGAACCGUGCCGCGUUGCCUCAUCACGGCCGAGUCGAGCCAAGCACGGUUUUUUUGUUGUCUUGCGAGGCUAGCGUAGCACGGCUCAGUUCCGGCUCAGCUCGGUAAUAUACCAGUGGAGAACCACCCAUACCGUGUUGGCGCAGCUCGGGUGUGCAAGUGUUAAACGGGUAUUUUGAAGGGAAAAUAAGAACGAUGUUAUUGGCGGUGACGGGGCCGAGUAUUACAUCACUUUGUUCAUGGUUAAUUACACAUGUUUGAAUUGUUCAUUGCUAGUAGUUAGAGGUCAAUCCCACUAGGUGGCGGGAGAGACUUGCGCGUGGUACAGCGUGAUCCAUUUACAGACACCCCGGUGAAUCAAAUUCAAAGGCGCAGCCCCUCAAUGGCGCCCAAUGCUGCUGGCGGAAGGGCCUCCUCUAGAUGGAGUUUUCGAGAGCUCCUCUGGAGAGUAUUUUUGACCUAUUCUUCCACCCUGGCUAGACAUCUCGGAAGAGGUGGGAAUUCCCACACUUGAUCACAUGACCUAAUUAAUAAUCGACUGGCGAUGUACCCGUUUAUGCUGCUGGUUGCAGAGAUGCACGGGGUGCUUUUAAGAAACUUGCAACAUGUUGUAAUCGAACCGGCGGCCUCUGGAUUUCAGGUUCAAUUUGCUAUCCAUUAUACCACCGCGUCAUCCUAUUCGGAGGUUAUUGUUGAAACUUAAUAAAUUUGAUUGCAAUGCCUCUUACGCGUCUCGCCAAUCUCAAUCAACGUAUUAAAUUGUUUAGCACUGUCCUGAUACACUCUGCCCAACAUAGUCGGUGUGAUGCGUUCACAAUAUACAAUGAAGCGUCAGCUGAGGUCAUACACGGGGCUUUUUUCUCACAAGAGAACAUGCAACGGGGUCAUGUCAGACCGGGCACACAAUUUCCACCGCAAACCCAUCCAACUCUCAAAUGUUUGGUGAAACCAGUCACGUACUGCGCGAGACUGGGGUCACGAGAAGUCAGUGGAGUGUCUGUACGUGAAUCAUAAUCCUUUUGGCUUUACUGCUACUUUCUAAACUAUUUUCGUUUCUAUAUUGUCACAAUGCAAUUUGAACCAGUUCCAUUGUUAACGAUGGUAGGUGUCUUAGCGGUCGAGUGAGUGAGUGGGUUGUGAGUCCAAAUCUUGACUCAGUUCAUCAUCUCUCCGGGAUAGAUAAAACUGUGGGAGGUUGUCGUGUGGGUCGGGUUAGGGUUACCCUCCGCCACAUCAAAAUUAUAUUUCCACCACUGUCCUAGAGAGGGGUAAACAUGAGGUGCCCAAUGAGGCGAUGCUCACUCGUCCAGGAAACCACUUUGACUGUUUUGAGUAUAAUUAUUUAGCAGCAGUUGUUACGAGCGUUCAGAGUUUCUUGGUGUUUAUUAUAAGGCGUUAUGUUUGAAAGUUGUUGUAAGUGAGAGCUGUUUUUGUCGGAGGGCGAGUUGGCAGUCAGGGGUGUUUUCCGAUUGGCGAAGCCGACAGUCUUUUAUCAGAUGCGAUGGUAUCGACAGUGGAGUGGAUUAAUAGGGGAGGGGGAGGAAAAAACAUCGCAAGAAAGUUGUUUACUGCAUUAUAAAAUUGAGUGAUGGUAAUUUUAUCAAAACGAUUAUCGUAUUCUCCGCAUUAUAAAUUGCAAUAUUUCCCUUGCAUUUUAAUACAGGAGUUGUGGCUGCGUCUUGCGAACUGACAUAAGUGUAGUAAGUCGUCGGUGUGUGAACACGUUUGUAUGAAGUCAUUGACACCGGGCACACGUAUUUUUUUUGGGGGGGGAUGCGUCUUACAAUGUGGAGAACACGGUAUAUUGUUUUUGUUAUUACCACGAACUGCAUUGUUACCCGUCUUGUUAUUCCACGAAACUACGGCCGCCUAUUAUUUCCCCGGCAAAAUGGGAGUGACUCUUAAUCCUGUUAACAAUUCCGACUGAUCCUCGUGCGUAUGACAAAGAGGCCUGUGAAUUUGAUGGAUUUGCCAAGCGGCCAGUCGUCGGGAUAGACGUGUAUUGAAGCACCGGUACAACUAUAUACACAAUACACGUCCAGACACGUUAACACCACGUUCACACGCACGCAUAGAGAUCAUUGAUUUAUACGUAUAUGGGCGAGUUGUUAGUUAACACCCGUAUCAUAAAGCAACAAUAUUUUGUCUCUCCGCAUGAAUAUACCAAUUAGUCAAUCAACUUAUUGGCUUUCCAGCGCAAUGUUAUCCAGCAAAAAAAAACGUAUCAUACACUGCCCUAAUAAUAAAAAAACUAGCCAAUCGUAUGAGCCAUUAUUUUGUUUAAUAAAGAAAACGAUGGACCGGUUCAUACCUUCCGAGUCUCAUGGGCAGUUGUUAGGUGUUGUUCAAUAAAUAUUAGCUGCAUUACCAGACGUUAUUGGCAAGAGCGCGGCAUUUAAAAUAUGGGACCCUGGUCGACAUACCAACGCAACAAUGAGUCUGUGCACCUAUGCAUACGUACGAAUACUCUGCUGUAAACAGAUAUACAUAUUAUCUUUGGUUCUUUCGGUAAAGUCACGUGGUAGGUAGUAG